GCUCUGUCUGGUGGCAUACUAUAGCAACAUGCGCAAGUAGGCCUUCGCUUAGCGACGUAGCGGUUAACCAGCAAGCGCUCGUGGUCCAUAUCCUCUCCUUUCCACGUUUGUUUUGUAAUUUCUCCUUUGCCAGGAGGAGGGAAUAGUGCCAGGAAGGCCGAGGGCUUCUCCGUAGCUGUAGCCGAAGGUAUCGAAAGUCGACGAGAAUGAGGAACUUACCGUUACUGCUGCUCGUUGCCCUACCGGCUGUUAUCCUGACGAUGAGCCCAGGAAGUAUACCAGUUGUAUCGGCUCAAGAAGAUGAUAACGAUGAUAUCGUUGAUGUGGAAGGAGAAGAAAAUAGUAUAGUUACCGAUGAAGAAGCCGAAGAUGAGAUAGUAACAGCUUCUAAAGAUGUAAUUACCUCGAUUCUCUUUACUGAACCAAUUCACAAUCCACUGUCAACUCUUGAAUUACCAGCUGGCAAACUUGUUGAAUUUUUAAUUGGAUUCACAAAUAAGGCUGAAGUCGACUAUAUUAUCGAAACAGUCAACACUUCGUUUCGUUAUCCAAUGGACUUCAAUUUUUAUAUUCAAAAUUUUUCAACGAUCGCUUACAACAAAGUUGUCAAACCAAAUCACGAAGCUACGUUAGCAUAUUCGUUCAUUCCAUCUGACUCCUUUGCUGGAAGACCUUUUGGUCUUAAUAUAAACUUGAAUUACAGGGACGCCAAUGGAUUAUCAUUUAACGAAGCUGUAUUUAACGAGACUGUGCAAAUUAUUGAGCUGGACGAAGGUCUUGACGGUGAAACUGUUUUCUUAUAUAUAUUUUUGGCAGCUUGUGUCAUUUUGACUCUUGUCGGUGGACAGCAGCUUUUAUCAUCAUUUGGAAGAAAGUCUCGCUCCACCACUCGCAAAGCAACUAUCGAACUAGGAACCGUGAAUCCCAAUAACGUUGAUUAUAACUGGAUUCCCAAAGAGACUCUAAAUAUGAUCAAUAAAUCUCCAAAAACACCUAAACAAAGUCCAAAACAAAGGAAAGUUAAAAGAUCCAUCGGCUCCGACGACUGAAUGUAAUGGAAAUUAUUUAUGAUUAAUUUAAAACAGAAAGGAGGGAAAUGAUAGGACGUACAAUACGUCAUUUGUAAUUAAAAUAUAUGAGAAUUUACUUAAAUGCAAAAUGAAAUCUUUGCGAUUCCUGUGUUGCAGUGUUCUAUUUAUUGAAUUAUGCAACAAAGUGCGUUAAUUGUGAACAAACUUUUUUACUUAGGUAAUAUAAAGAUUUAUUAUUAAAGAUGAAGUACAACGUU